AUGGCCGCGGAAACAGAAACAAUCAACCUCGACUCCCUCGAGCCCCCGCAGCUGGCCCAGGUGAAGAAGCAGCUCGACGAGGAGCUGGAGCACCUGACCUCGUCGUACGCGCAGCUCCACGGCGCCCAGAACAAGUUCCGCGAGUGUCUGCGAUGCGUCGACGCCCGCGCGGGCCCCAAUACCGCGGCGCCGAGCGCGGUGCUCGUGCCCCUGACGAACUCGCUCUACGUCAAGGGGGAGCUGUCGAGCGCGGAGACGGUGCUGGUCGACGUGGGGACGGGGUUUCUGAUCGAGAAGAAGUUGGGCGCGGCGCAAAAGUUCUACAAUGAAAAGGUCAAGGAGCUGGGGAGUAACCUCAAGGAGCUGGAGGCCAUCCUUCAGCGGAAGCAGGCCAACGUCAGAGCCGUGGAGGAGGUGUUGCGACAAAAGCUCAUGGCUGUGCAGGAGGCGCGAUCAUGA